CGCACCUUCGCGCAGUGGCAGGCCGCGGGCAUGCUCCUCCUCACCGUCGGCAUCGCUGUCACCAAGCUCGAGGAUUCAUUCGACACCGACCAGCUCGGCGGCAUGACCGUCAUCGGCUGCUCGCUUGUGAUUAUGCUGUACGGCCUCGUCUCUUUCCUGCACCGGCUCAAAAAGAUUAAGCGCAAGGACCCGACCGGGUAUGACGACCCGCUCGGCCCCGUCGCGCUCAUCUUCGUCCUCUUCGCCGCAGUUGCCCUGUACCUCCGCCGCAUGUACGGCUUCAAUUGGGACACUGAAGGCAUGCUCACGGCCGACACGCCCUUCUUCGAGGCCUUCAAGGUCCCCCUUGCCCCAUCGCACUUUGCGGACGAGGCGGCCGCCGUCCAGGUGGUGGCGAGGGCGCUGCAGGCUUCGGCCGCCGUCGCGUCGGUCACUCUCGCAAACGCGACCUUUGAGCUCCUGCGCCGCACGCACCUCGACACGCACCACGCGACUCCUCUCCACUCCUUCCGAGAGAUUUUCAACGCCAGCGGCACGGCGGUCACGCUCACCACGCUGCUGACGGCCGCGGGAGCGCGCCGCAAGAGCCGCAGCUUUGGCUCCGGGAGCGGCAAGGGGACGCUGACAGGCCUGGCGAUGAGCAUCCGCGGUGGCGACUUUGCGGAGCUCGCCUCCACCGCCGCAAACUGCGUUGGACGGUACGCGGCGCACUGCGACGUCAGGAUCGUGCGGACCUCGCACGCGAUGGCGAGGGAGCUCACGGUCACGCGCGUGCCGCACACGGCGUCGGUCACGUCGGUUGGCGAUCUACGCGGGUACUUUGCCCUGCCGCGCGACGUGGGCGGCAGUAUGCGCGCCGCGCCCUUUCUGACCGCGCGGUGGUCACCGCUCCUGCCCGCCCGCCCCUCCUGCUCGGACGGCGAGCGGUUGUACGUGGUGGGCGAGCACUACUAUUGGAGGGUGCGGCUCCCGUUCUCUCUCGCGGCGGCGCCGGAGUCUCGCCUCGUCGCGUCGCUUACCACACGGUAUGACACGCCGCAGCUGGCGGUGCGGCCGGACCGGGCGCCGCGCGAGGACUCGGAGCUGUCCUUCCGGCUCGCCAGCCAGGCUCGCGCGCUCCCGACGUCACGCCCGAGGGCGGCGACCUCGCCGGCCCCUCCCUCCUCGCCGCGCGUGCGCUCUACAGCGAGCUGCGCAGCGCGCCUUGGGCAGCACCGUAAGGAGUGUGUGAGCGCUCAGCGGACAGGCGCGGUGAUUUAUUUUCCUCACCUGGCCCUGGCGCGCUGGCCACGACCCUGCCACGUGGUUCGGUCUACGGCCACGAGCGUGUCUCUAGACUUCCUUGUGGCACGUCCACUUCGCACUUGACACUCUAAGAUGCCCUCUGUAACACUAUAAGAGAUCUCAAACUGCUGCACACUGC